UGACAUCACAAUAUCCGGAAACUUUUUUUUGGAUAAAUAAUAUUGACAUGGCUUCACUUCAGCUCAGCUUUUGCUCUUAUAGAUCGAUGUUUGGGUUCAGAUAUAGACCAGUUCGAUGCAGUAACGAACGCCAGGCAUUGUUUAAUCGCAUUGCUCCUGUUUAUGAUAAUUUGAAUGAUUUGUUGAGUUUGGGUCAGCAUCGGAUUUGGAAAAGAAUGGCUGUAUCAUGGACUGAGGCAAAAAUGGGAGAUAGCGUGUUGGAUUUGUGUUGUGGAAGUGGGGAUUUAGCAUUUAUUUUGUCUGAGAAAGUUGGCUCCAUUGGCAAGGUGACUGGUGUUGAUUUCUCAAAGGAGCAGCUAUUGAUUGCUUCAUCUCGGCAACAGUUGCUUUCAAGGGACUGCUACAAGAACAUAGAGUGGAUUGAGGGUGAUGCAACUGACUUGCCAUUUUUUGAUUGUCACUUUGAUGCUAUUACCAUGGGUUACGGGCUACGGAAUGUAAUAGAUAAGCGUAAGGCCAUGCAGGAGAUGUUUCGUGUCCUAAAACCAGGUGCCAAAGCAUCUGUUCUUGACUUCAACAAGAGUAAUCAGCCAUUUGUUGCGUCCUUUCAGGAAUGGAUGAUCGACAAUGUUGUCGUUCCUGUGGCAUCUGGUUAUGGCCUUGCAAAAGACUACGAAUACUUGAAGAGCUCAAUCAGAGAAUUUUUAACAGGGAAAGAGUUAGAGGAACUUGCUUUAGAAGCAGGAUUUUCUACUGCCAGACAUUAUGAGAUCAGUGGAGGCUUAAUGGGGAACCUUGUAGCCACACGCUAGGUGCAAACUGGAGAUCUUUAUCUGUUUGAGGUUUGAACUAGAUAUCAAAACUCUCCCUCUUUCGGUCAUCUUGGAUGGAAAGAACUAUGUUGUACAGUUGCUAUUGAUGCUGAAAGGCCAGCAUUAAGGGGAUACCAAGGGUCUUCACAUGUAUCAUUAAGUUCCAUGGUUUUUUCAUCUAUGAAAGGGGGAUUAGUUGGUGCAGGGAGGUGCUCCUCUGUUGUUAUCAUCUGUAGCGCCUUUGCCAUUGUUGGUCUAAGUGAUGGUAUUUCUUGUGUACACAGAAGUCCUAUAUUCACUAUUCUGAAAACAUCAUUCUUGACA